GGGAGGCUCGGAGCAUCCAAAAGAGAGAAGAAGGCGCGCCGCCGACACCGGAGCCCCCCCGGAGCACCGACACAAUCGCCGGUCCUUCCUCGCAACGUCUACCCGCGCGGCGGUGCCUCAUGCUCGGCGAGAGAUAUUGAUCACCGUGCAAGUGAAGACCACACCUUUUCCCGAGCAUUUGCCCCGGUGGUCGCCUGCCAUGGUCACAUGACACACCCCUGAGCGGCGUCCGAAGAAAGAGAGACAUCUCCCGUCCGGCCCGCCAUGACGGUGGCCGUGCGGUUUCGCCGCCACCUACGGCGGCUCCUCCUCCUGCUGGCCUCCUGCUGUGUGCUCUCCUUGCUCCUGUCCGCCUACUUCCUCUUCACCAACGCCACGCCGUCCAUGCAAAUAGGACAAUCCUCGGAGGCGGCUUGCUCGCAGCCUCUCUCCAUGUCGCCGUACCGCCGACUGCCCUACCCCUUCCCCCCGAAUGCGCCGCACACGCAGGUCCACACCGAGCCGGCGGUGCUGGUGCUGGUGGAGUCCCAGUACUCUCAGCUGGGUCAGGACAUCGUGGCUAUUUUGGAGUCGGCGCACUUCAAGUUCCGCAUGGAAAUAGCUUCAGGGAAGGGUGACCUCCCGCCGCUGACUGAGAAGGGCCGCGGACGAUAUUCACUCAUCAUUUAUGAGAACCUCCUGAAGUAUGCACAGGCGGACACGUGGAACAGGCAGCUGUUGCAUCAGUACUGCAGCGAGUUCAGGGUGGGCAUCAUCGGCUUCUACCGCUCCACCGAGACCUCGCCGCCUCUGUUCAAACUCAGAAACUUCCCGCUGGUGCUGAGGACCAAUCAGGCCCUCUGGGACUGCUGCGUAGUGUCCGGCUCUCCCAUCCUCCACCUCACAAAGCCGGGCACCGACCGAGGGGCCUUACCCAGCGAGGACUGGACCUCCUUCUCCUCCAAUCACUCCACCUACCAGGCGGUGCUACACGCCCGGCCUAAAGACGGCUCGGGGUCGGCCACUGGCGAUUUGGGGCCUGGCUUCAGGCUGAGCCUGCAGGCCACUGUAGUCCAGGACUUGGGGCUCUAUGACGGGGUGAGGAGAGUGUUUUUUGGCCAGGGACUAAACUACUGGCUUCACAAACUGGUCUUAGUGGACGCCAUCUCCUACCUCACUGACAGGAAGCUGACUUUGGGCCUCGACCGACACCUUCUGGUGGAUAUUGAUGACAUAUUCGUGGGCAAGGAAGGGACUCGUAUGAACGUCAAGGAUGUGAAGGCGCUGCUGGAUACACAAAGACAACUGCGCUCUCACAUUUCCAACUUCACCUUCAACCUGGGCUUCUCCGGCAAGUUCUAUCACACAGGCACUGUGGAGGAGGACGAGGGAGACGAUUUACUGCUGAAGUACGUGGAUGAGUUCUGGUGGUUCCCCCACAUGUGGAGUCACAUGCAGCCUCACCUCUUCCACAACCACACCUCUCUGCUGGACCAGAUGGUGCUCAACAAGGACUUUGCUCUGCAACACAACAUUCCAGUGGACAUGGGCUACGCUGUGGCCCCCCACCACUCAGGGGUCUACCCGGUCCACCUGCAGCUCUACGAGGCUUGGAGACAGGUGUGGAGCAUCCAGGUGACUAGCACUGAGGAGUACCCGCACCUCAAGCCCGCCCGCUACCGCAAGGGUUUCAUUCACAGCAACAUCAAGGUGUUGCCUCGUCAGACGUGUGGCCUGUUCACUCACACCAUCUACUACAAGGAGUAUCCUGGCGGCUCUAAAGAACUCGACAGAAGCAUCCGAGGAGGAGAGCUCUUCCUCACCGUGCUGCUCAACCCUAUCAGUAUAUUCAUGACUCACCUGUCCAACUACGGCAAUGACCGCCUGGGUCUCUACACUUUUGUCCACUUGGCUUCCUUCCUUGGCUCGUGGACCAACCUGAGGCUGCACACCCUCCCCCCCGCCCAGCUGGCCCACAGGUACUUCCAGAUGUUUCCGGAGCAGAGAGACCCCCUGUGGCAGAAUCCUUGUGACGACAAGCGACAUAAAGACAUCUGGUCUAAGGAGAAGACCUGCGACAGGCUGCCCAAGUUCUUGGUGGUUGGACCACAGAAAACAGGGACCACCGCACUUUAUCUCUUCCUCCUCAUGCACCCGUCCAUCUCCAGCAACUACCCAAGUACCACAACUUACGAGGAGGUGCACUUCUUCAACACCAACAACUACCACAAAGGCAUCGACUGGUACAUGGACUUCUUCCCUGUGCCCUCCAACGUCAGCACGGACUUCCUGUUUGAGAAAAGUGCCAACUACUUCCCCUCCGAGGAGUCCCCGCGGCGCUCUGCAGCACUGCUGCCCAAGUCCAAGAUCAUCACCUUGCUCAUCAACCCCUCGGAUCGAGCCUACAGCUGGUACCAGGUACUUAGCAACACACACAUGGCCUACAGCUGGUACCAGGUACUUAGCAACACACAUGGCCUACAGCUGGUACCAGGCACUGUGGAGGAGGACGAGGGAGACGAUUUACUGCUGAAGUACGUGGAUGAGUUCUGGUGGUUCCCCCACAUGUGGAGUCACAUGCAGCCUCACCUCUUCCACAACCACACCUCUCUGCUGGACCAGAUGGUGCUCAACAAGGACUUUGCUCUGUGGACAUGGGCUACGCUGUGGCCCCCCCACCACUCAGGGGUCUACCCGGUCCACCUGCAGCUCUACGAGGCUUGGAGACAGGUGUGGAGCAUCCAGGUGACUAGCACUGAGGAGUACCCGCACCUCAAGCCCGCCCGCUACCGCAAGGGUUUCAUUCACAGCAACAUCAAGGUGUUGCCUCGUCAGACGUGUGGCCUGUUCACUCACACCAUCUACUACAAGGAGUAUCCUGGCGGCUCUAAAGAACUCGACAGAAGCAUCCGAGGAGGAGAGCUCUUCCUCACCGUGCUGCUCAACCCUAUCAGUAUAUUCAUGACUCACCUGUCCAACUACGGCAAUGACCGCCUGGGUCUCUACACUUUUGUCCACUUGGCUUCCUUCCUUGGCUCGUGGACCAACCUGAGGCUGCACACCCUCCCCCCCGCCCAGCUGGCCCACAGGUACUUCCAGAUGUUUCCGGAGCAGAGAGACCCCCUGUGGCAGAAUCCUUGUGACGACAAGCGACAUAAAGACAUCUGGUCUAAGGAGAAGACCUGCGACAGGCUGCCCAAGUUCUUGGUGGUUGGACCACAGAAAACAGGGACCACCGCACUUUAUCUCUUCCUCCUCAUGCACCCGUCCAUCUCCAGCAACUACCCAAGUACCACAACUUACGAGGAGGUGCACUUCUUCAACACCAACAACUACCACAAAGGCAUCGACUGGUACAUGGACUUCUUCCCUGUGCCCUCCAACGUCAGCACGGACUUCCUGUUUGAGAAAAGUGCCAACUACUUCCCCUCCGAGGAGUCCCCGCGGCGCUCUGCAGCACUGCUGCCCAAGUCCAAGAUCAUCACCUUGCUCAUCAACCCCUCGGAUCGAGCCUACAGCUGGUACCAGCAUCAGCGAGCGCACGAGGACCACGCAGCCCUUCGCUUUACCUUCUACGAUGUCAUCAGCGCCAAAGCCGGCGUUCCGGCCGAGCUGCGUUCCCUGCAGAACCGCUGUUUGAUGCCCGGCCUGUACGCCACGCACCUGGACAGGUGGCUCGCACACUACCCCGCUAACCAGGUGAUGAUCAUAGACGGCCAUCAGCUGAGAGCCGACCCUGCCGCUGUCAUGGAUGAAGUCCAGAAGUUUCUGGGAGUCACGCCUCAUUUCAACUAUUCGCAGGCACUCACGUUUGACCCUCAGAAGGGCUUCUGGUGCCAGCUCCUGGAGGGAGGGAAGACUAAGUGCUUGGGGAAGAGCAAAGGGCGAAAGUACCCCCCCAUGGAGCCAGAGGCCCGUGCAUUCCUGUCCAGGUUCUACAGGGAACACAACGUAGAACUGUCCAAGCUGCUGCAUCGCCUCGGACAGCCUCUGCCCUCCUGGCUGAGGGAGGAGCUGCAGAAGCCAGCAUGUGGGGACAGAACCUGCUCAGCCUCAAGGACACAACUCCUUGGUUGGAACCUGCUCAGCCUCAAGGACUCAAGUCCUUGGUUGGAACCUGCUCAGCCUCAAGGACUCAAGUCCUUGGUUGGAACCUGCUCAGCCUCAAGGACUCAAUUCCUCGCUGAGGCCACCCUUAAAGUCCGCCCACAACACACGGACAAGGAGGAGAAGACCUCCAGGGCGUCUGUGAUGAAGGCGGAGAAGAAGUAGAAGAAGAUCUCCAUGGUGUCGGUCCUGAAGGCGGAGAAGAAGUAGAAGUAGACGUCCAUGGCGUCGGUGCUGAAGGCGGAGAAGAAGUACAAGAAGACCUCCAUGGCGUCGGUCCUGAAGGCAGAGAAGAAGUAGACGUCCAUAGCGUCUGUGAUGAAGGCGGAGAAGAAGUAGACGUCCAUGGCGUCGAUGAUGAAGGCGGAGAAGAAGUAGACGUCCAUGGUGUCGGUGAUGAAGGCGGAGAAGAAGUAGACGUCCAUGGCGUCUGUGAUGAAGGCGGAGAAGAAGUAGACGUCCAUGGCGUCUGUGAUGAAGGCGGAGAAGAAGUAGACGUCCAUGGCGUCGGUGAUGAAGGCGGAGAAGAAGUAGACGUCCAUGGUGUCGGUGAUGAAGGCGGAGAAGAAGUAGACGUCCAUAGCGUCUGUGAUGAAGGCGGAGAAGAAGUAGACGUCCAUGGUGUCGGUGAUGAAGGCGGAGAAGAAGUAGACGUCCAUGGCGUCGAUGAUGAAGGCGGAGAAGAAGUAGACGUCCAUGGCGUC